UAUAAGCAAAGCACGAACCAAGGGGUUGCAGGUGAUUGGGACUGCAAGAGGGGAUGGAUGGUAGGGCGAGUGUUGCAAACCCCCGGCAGAACACAGAAAUCUCGGAGCUGGAUGGCUCUGUAGAGGGAGAUGAAGUAAGAGGCGGCGGUCCUUUACCAGGCCUCAAGGCCACUGGUCAGAAGAGCAGGGGCACACAUAGUGGCAGCAACAGGGGCGAUGCGGAUGCUAGGCCUGCUUCAGAUUCAUGGGAAAACGAGGCCUCCUCUCGAAGCUUGGGAGUGAUUAUUGAUAAUGAGGAGGUGUCUUUUGAAGCUGGCUUAGGUCCAGGCCCCACACCUCAGGGGCAGCAGUACAUGGACACGUCAGACAGUGAGGCGCUGUUGCAGUCGGAUGGGAAUGGAAGCAGCAGUGCCACUGGAGCAUCUAAGGGAAAGUCAAGGUUGAAGCAUUUCAGCUUUUCGCGGUCUGGGUCGAAGCCGGACUCCCUGCUGAGCAGUAUAGGGAGCGGUGGUAGUUUUGAGACGUUGGGUGGUGCUAGCACGGGCAAGGGGGGAGAAAGAGAUGAGGGUGCGGUGUUGGGAUCUUCGGCAGAUGGGUUUUCGCGUGAUGGGGACAGAGAACUGGAGAUGGCACCUACCACUCCACGAUUCCCAAAGAGGGCUUCGUUACCGCCGGCCCAAGUUUCUCGCGCAAGCGACUGGGGCACUGAUGCAUCAGGUCCUCCAGCAAAAAAUGACCGGCGACUGACAUACCCUCCGCCGCGCAGUGGAACACAAAUGGCGGUCUCCUCCGCCAGUGCGUCGUUAUCGGGAAUAGGGGGAGCCGGCCUGGUGGUCGGGGGAGGGCUAGGAGGGGCUCUGAAUAACCCCUUGGGGACCGGAUCGCAGGUGAUAAGGGAGGGGUUGACGAAGAUGCCAAAGUAUAGCCGGCUGAGUCAGCAAGAGCUCAGUCUACACGGGUCCAUCCUCCUCACACCCAAGGUGAUGAUCACCAUCCUCUUCGUCGUUGCUAUCGUUCUCAUACCUAUGGGGGCCAUUACGUUCGAGGCCGCGAGGUCGGUUGUUGAAUACCGGCUGCGCUACGACCAGUUUUGCCUUUCUAACCUCCCGUCGAACCCCCUACGGGACGCGUUCAUACGAGAUCCAGCCACAAGCAAGUCUUGCACGAUACCAUUCCGACUAGAUAAGGGGCUGAAGAAGGGCACAGUGGCCGUGUAUUACGAGCUUUCGAGGUUCUAUGCGAACCAUAGAAAGUACGUUGACAGCAGAGACAACAUGCAGCUGAGGGGCUCGGUGACUGUUCCGGGGUCAUGUGCGUCGCAGAAGGAAAACGAGGCGGGACCGAUUCUCCCGUGCGGAAUCGUUGCUUGGAGUUUUUUCAACGAUUCGUUUGCAUUUGGCCUGCAACCGACAGGGGAGGCAAACGUUGGCCCCGUUGUCGAUCUCCCCGUGAGUGCGGACAAUCUGGCCUGGAGAAGUCGGAGGAAUGCGUUCGGCGCCAAGGUCGAGCCGAUCAACUUCAAUGCCAACGCGUCUACUCGGGGUGGGGGUAACUUGACGGGUCCUCUACGAGAGAAUGAGAGGUUUAUUAUCUGGAUGCAAUCGCCUGCAUGGCAUACGGUCAGGAAGCUCUGGGGAAGAAUUCAGCUGAACGAGACGGUCCAGCGGAGCGCCACGUUGACUGUUCAAAUCCAAAACAUGUACAACUCGUAUGCUUACGAUGGGGAGAAGUCACUGAUCCUCACCACCACCACCUGGCUAGGAGGUAAUAAUGAUUUUAUUGGCGUUUCAUUUUUUAUGGUUGGCUGCGUGGCCUUCAUCUUGGCCGUAAUUUUCUCUCUCCUGCUUAUCCUGUUUCCAAGACCACUAGGAGAACUAGGCAUGUUGUCGUGGAAUCGGACGCACGAGGAUGCAGCCAGGGAAGCCCAAGCUAUGGAACUCGCAAGGCAACGUCUUCAGCCUAGCACGGAGCCCGGGGAAACUCAAUCCAGCCAGACGAGACAAAGUGUCGAAAGCUGAAGUUGGAUAUCCAGACACUAAGCUCUGUGUGUGUGUGUGUGUGUGUGUGUGUGUGUG